UCCCGGCCCCCUUCCCUCCUUCCCUCCCGUCAGCAGCAGCGGGGGGGCCCCCGCGCCGCGGCCCCGGGGCACAGCCGAGGGGCGGGAAUGCAGCCGCCGGAGCCGCAGCCGAGCCCCCAGCGCAGCACGAAAAUGCCAGAAGCUUCAGAAGACCAUAAUCACUGGAAGACCUGUUGACUUCCAUUCUUUGGUAAUCUGGAACAUCAUCCAUCUGGCAUGGCGCAGGGCAGUCAACAACUUGACGUGCAGGUACUCCAUGAUCUCCGGCAGCGUUUCCCUGAGAUACCCGAAGGGGUGGUAUCUCAGUGCAUGCUCCAGAACAACAACAACCUCGAUGCCUGUUGUCGAGCCCUUGCACAGGAGAGCAACAAAUACCUGUACAUGGAGUACCACAGCCCUGAUGACACCAGAAUGAACAGAAAUAGCCUUUUGCACAUUAAUCUGGGUAUUCAUCCUCAUACCAGCUAUCAUGCGGGGGAUGGAGCUCAACUUAAUGGUGGUCGUACACUGGUACACAGCUCAAGCGAUGGACACAUUGACCCUCAGCGCACAGCAGGUAAACAGCUCAUCUGCUUAGUUCAAGAACCACAUUCUGCUCCUGCUGUCGUGGCAGCUUCUCCUAGUUACAAUCCAUUUUUCAUGAAUGACCAGAAUAGAAAUGCAGCUACUCCUCCUCCACAGCCACCUCCACAACCAUCUUCCAUACAACCAGGAAUGAACACGUCUGCUAUGCAAGGCCCUCCUCCCACGUAUAUGCACAUACCUCGGUACAGUACAAAUCCCAUUACUGUUACAGUAUCACAAAACCUCCCCUCUGGACAGAGCGUACCCAGAGCUCUACAAAUUCUUCCACAGAUUCCAAGCAAUCUUUAUGGGACUCCUGGCUCUAUUUAUAUAAGACAAACAUCUCAGAGUUCUUCAGGACGACAGACUCCUCAGAAUACACAGUGGCAUUCAUCGCCACAGGGCCCAGUUCCACAUUAUACUCCCCGUCCUCUACCUGUAUAUCCACAUCAACAGAACUACCAACCUUCUCAGUAUUCUCCAAAACAGCCCCAGAUCCCUCAGUCGGCUUUUCGAUCGCCACCGGCGUCCCAGUGUCCCUCUCCCUUUGGCUCUCCUCAGCACCAAGUUCAGCCUCCUCAGUUGAGUCAUCAGAGUUCACAUGUUUUCAUGCCUCCCAGCCCUUCAACUGUCCCACCCCAUCCAUAUCAGCAGGCAUCCCAGACUUUUCAAAAACAAGGCAGUCACUCUGUGUCGUACCUUCCUCCUUUUGCUGGACCUAGUUUAUCCAAAGGUUCCAUGAAUAAAAUAGAAAUUACAGUUGAGCCACCGCAAAGACCUGGGACUGCAAUGAACAGAAGCCCUUCACCAAUAAGUAAUCAACCAUCUCAACGAAACCAGCACCCGCUGUAUACAGCCACUACUCCUCCUUCAAGCUCUCCAUCAAGAGGUAUGUCGGGGCAACCCAAACCUCCAUUUAGUGUUAAUCCAGUAUAUAUUACCUACACUCAACCAACUGGACCUACAGGUGCACCAACACAGUCUCCUCGGGUAAUGGUAUCUCAGCCAAACCCAACCAUUUUUAAAAUCACAGUAGGUCGAGCACCGACUGAGAAUCUUUUAAAUUUAGUGGACCAAGAAGAGCGUUCUGCAGCACCAGAACCUAUUCAGCCUAUUUCUGUAAUCCCAGGAUCUGGAGGAGAAAAAGGAAGCCAUAAAUAUCAGAGAAGUUCUAGUUCUGGAUCGGACGACUAUGCUUACACUCAAGCCUUGCUGUUACAUCAACGAGCAAGGAUGGAGAGAUUAGCAAAGGAACUGAAACUGGAGAAGGAAGAACUUGAACGGCUGAAAACCGAAGUCAAUGGCAUGGAGCAUGAUCUAAUGCAGAGGCGGCUUCGAAGAGUGAGCUGUACAACUGCAAUACCAACACCUGAGGAAAUGACCAGAUUGAGAAGCCUCAACAGACAACUCCAAAUAAAUGUUGACUGUACACUGAAAGAAGUUGAUCUCCUUCAAUCUAGAGGAAACUUUGAUCCGAAAGCCACAUGUAACUUCUAUGAUAACAUAGAGCCUGGUCCUGUUGUGCCACCAAAGCCAUAUAAAAAGGAGCAUCAAAAUAGCUCCAAACAGACUCCACGGACUCAGCCAAGAGAUGAAGACUUUGAAGGGGCUCCAUGGAAUUGUGGGAGCUGCACCUUUCUAAAUCACCCAGCACUGAAUCGCUGUGAACAGUGUGAGAUGCCACGAUACACCUGAAAUUCAGGAAGGGGCUGCAUUGGGUUGAAAACAGGCUCUCAAGCCGACAGCUGUAGGAGAAGGAAACAUGGGGAACCUUUCAGUCCAUCUGCCCAGCCUUUGCCAGUCAACAAUCUUCGUAUUGCAAGGGGUGGGAGUAACAUGUUAAGAUGUUUCUGCUUCUGCUACACUAAAAGAUAAAUAAUUUAAGGGUUAAAUUCUUUCCCAUUGCAGUGAGUGGAGCAGAAAAUGAAACCUGAAAAUGCAAAAGGAUUAAUUUUGAGAAGAAUGUAUGCAGGAAAGCAAAUAACUACUGGUGUUUAGUCCUGUGGUUAUAGUUGCUGCUUAGUGGCUCUAAAAAACAAAACAAAACAAAAAAACCCAAACCUACUGUUUUUUUAAAAAAAAAUUAUAGGACUCUUAGUAAUGGUGUGAAGUGUUACACUUAACCAGAAAAACUGAAGAGCCAGAGCUGACUUAUCCUGGCCCCAGCUAGCUGGAAAACAAAGGCUCCCUGUGCUUCUAGAUUGUAAGCUACUGAAAAAGAAGACAGGUAAAUGCAACAAUAAAUUUCGCAAUGUUUAAACAAACAAACAAAAAACCAACAAGGAGAAGGGUAUCUGUAAUUGCUGCUUUUUUUCAGGGUAACUUAUGUCUACAAAAAAUUGCUGUUUGAAAUAGUAACCUGAGGUGACUAAAUGAGAAACCAUGUGAGUGUUACAGAGAGUUUAAUCAGAGGUAAUUUUUUACAAUCCUGUUUGCUUGUACAGUGCUCACCUGGCUGUGUCAACACUGGUAAUAAACCGAGAAUGAAUUCUACCACAUUACAGAUGCAAAUACUGCUGCAUGCUUUCAUUGGGCCGUCGUGUUUCAAAGCUAAAAGUAUGCUUUUGUAUACAACAAUCUUCUAAGCCUGUGCUGUGUGACAGCACAGGGACAUGCCAAACAUGGGCUACUCCAAAUUCUGUUUGGAAGACUUGAGCUCAGCCAUGGUUGUGUAUGAGAAGAGUUUCUACCCAGUUCCUUAGGCCUUUUCAGCCUCCAAUUUGUGAAGAAUUCAUGAUGUUUACAGCACAGAAGGUACUUUGUGCCCCAGAUCAAAGUUAGCUGAAAAAAUAAUUAAUCAGCUCUUCAGUAAAGGUUUAUUUGCACAUUGGUAAUAAACCAGCCUGUACAAAAUAACAGAUGCCAGAUCCUGAAAAAAUUACACACUGCAUUCUCUUUAUUUUGGUCAGGAAAUACUUGUGGUAGGUUGAAGAACACGAGACUUGCAACUGAAAAUCAUAUUGGUACUUUUCUGCAUAUGAAAUACUGUAUUAUAAAGGUGAUGUCCAAUCUGUUUGAAUGCUUCAGGUUGCUGUAAUAAAACACUCGAUACUUGUGAACUCGAACUUGGGUUUGGGCAGCUGAAUGAUUGUGACACAACUGUGUGACUGAGUGGGAUGUUCCUGUGUACUGGUCAGAGGCUGGUACAGUGCAUUUGAGUUUUUAUGGUGUAACUUCAUCACAAUUCAGACGUGACCAAGCACCUCAGCUGAGUUAUGGUAAUUGACUUUGCGACUGUAAGGCAAAAUUUGCCAGCUAAACCUUGCCAGGGGAGUUUUAAGCUGCUUCUUUUUAAGCCGUUCUUAGCUCGUGGCAGCCGCAUCCAUAUGGUCAAUUACCACAGUUCACUUGAUGUGUGAUAACAUGUUAAGACGUGGUAGAACAAUCAUGUGUCUGAAUCCUUAUUUAAAAUGAAGCAGUAUUUGCCAAGGGGUGGGUGGAGGAAAACUCAUCUUUACUGCGUUGCUCAAUCUGUUGUCUUCUCUCCCCACAGUUUAUAAAGACAACAGUAAGAACCAAACUGUUGGUCUUAGAAGAGGAACCAAUAUUUUAUCUGGUGUUUUUCAAUAUGUUCUUGCACUAAUUAAAUCUUCAGGAUAAUUCUGAAUAAGCUAGGAGAGAUCCAGCAAUCAGUGUGCACCGCUGAUGAGCAAAACAAAGUCAAAGGCAUCAGAGAUAGCUUUCCUUCCUUCCUGAUGACUUAUACUUCUCUGGGGGGAGCUCAUCACAUGUGGAAAGCAGUAAAAAAAUUACUGUGAAAUGAAAUCAGAAGGCAGAUACCAAUUUUGUGCAUGUCAGUGGGCAGUCUGACAAAACUGAGAUAACUAGAAAACAGAUGAGCCAGAAGCAUAGCUGUUAUCAGCUGUAUAAUGAAUUACCCAAAACAAUACCAGUAACUUCAUGACUUUUCUAUCCUGAUGCCUUUGCCUUUGUAUUAUUUCAAUUUUCUUUUCAUUUAUACUUCUGUUGAAGUUCUGGAAGCACUUGUUUUUGCUGGAACUACAAAAAGAUAGCAACUGCAGUGACAGUCAGCAAAUGAGAGUAGAUCUUUCAAGCAAAAAUAUGAUUGUGCCAUUUUCAGAGAGAAUAGAUGCUACUCUUGAAGGGGAGGGGGGGGAAAUAUGCAUCCAGUCCAGUAAUUCCCUGAACUGCAAUAACCACACAUGGAGACUUGCAAAUCUUAGUCCAGCUUCACCAGAGGAAGAGAAGGAAGGGCUGCCACGACAGCAAGAUACUUUGUGGAAGAGUGGGCAAGUGCCAUUAAACUGAAAAAGAAUUCCUUUGUACGAAUAAUUUUACUCUAGUUUUUCAAGUACUCUCAUUUGUUGCUUGUACAAAAAAGAAAGAAAAAAACACCCACACUUUUCAGUUUUAUUCUUUUACUUGUAAAUGCCCAUACUCAAACAUGAAUAGUAAAGAAUUUACAUGGUGCUUCAAUAUUUGUGGUUUGUUAGAAUGUAAAUUUUAUUUUGAAUAUGGGAAGAUCCAUUUUCGUUCUGAAAGCAGGUGAUGUCCUUCACAUCCCAACUGAAUUGUAGAUUAUACCAAAAAGAUUGGUUUAUGUAAUAUUUAUUGAAUGCACAUAAAACCCUAAUGUCAGCUGGCAUACAAAAUGCACUGUAUUGUAUACAACCUGUGUGUGUGUGAGAAUGGUGGGAUGCUGAUGCUGUUGUGUUGAGUUAAUGCACUACUUGUGUUUUCUUUUUUCCUUAAUGACUGAGCUUUCCCUCAAACAUGCUACUAGAUUGGUGGAGUUUGUAACUGACUUGGACGUUCAGUUAUUCAAAAUGAUCUCACUGUUCAUUGAAAUUUUAUAAAGCUUAUUUUAUAUUUACUGUGCUAUUAAGAUGAAUUCCCUUUAAUUAUAGGAUACUACUGUAGUUCUUUAAAAGUUUAUUUAGAGUGGGGCUUGUGGAAAACUAUUCAGAACAUAGUAAACCAAAAGACAUCCUGAA